AUGUCUACACCAUCCUCUAGAGAGGUCGCCAUCAUCGGAUCAGGAUUAUCUGGUCUAACUCUCGCUCUUGCCCUUCAUCAAAACAAUAUAAAAUGUCGAGUUUACGAAAGUCGUCCCGCGCCUUUGAAUAUUGGAGGUGCUGUCAUGCUUUCUCCCAACGCUCUCAAAAUCUUGAAAGCUCUCAAUGUCUAUGAUAGACUUCGUCAUAAGGGUUACAAUUUUGACAACCUUGAGUAUCGUACCGCUGGAGAUGGAAAAUUGGUAGAGAUUCAGGAAUUUGGUUCGGAAGAGAAAUAUGGCUUCCCAGCUCUUCGGAUCUACAGAAACAUCCUUAUCACUGAGUUACUUGAAAUGUUCAAGGAACAAGAUAUCCCCAUUACUUUUGGCAAGAAAUUCUCACACAUCACGUCGGAAACCGACAAACAAGUUGAAUGGGAAUUUGCUGAUGGUACAACUGGUACUGCACCUCUUCUCAUUGGAGCUGAUGGUAUUCACUCUACUGUUCGUCGUUAUCUCUAUCCUGAUUUGGAGACCAAGUUCACUGGAAUGGUUGGAAUCACAGCAGCUGUACCAACAUCUCAAUUACAACUUCCGGAAGGAUAUCAUAUCCCUGUCACUAUAAUGUCUCCAAAGGGGGCAUUUGUGAUUGCUCCUCAGCAAGAAGAUGGAUCUGAAGUAUUGAUUGGAAAACAAUUACGCAUUGAGGAGAAAGAUAGAGCCGGAUGGAAUGAUCUCUCAAACAAUAAGGAAGAAAGUGUUAAAUUCUUGCAAAGCAACAACGAUCUAUUUCCAGAGAUCGUUCACAACGCUGUUUCCAAGAUUUCUCAUGACAAGAUUAAUGUUUGGCCCUUCUACAUCGUUCCUAAACUCGAUAACUGGGUAUCUGAGAAUCGACGUGUGGUUAUUCUUGGUGAUGCAGCUCAUGCAAUUCCUCCUUCUGCAGGGCAAGGUAUCAACCAAGCAUUUGAAGAUGUUUAUAUCUUUGCAUUGCUACUUGCAAAGUCGGACAAGGGAGAUACCCAAAAAGCACUUUCUUUCUGGCAAGAAUAUCGACAAAAGAGGGUUGGAAAGGUUUUGGAAUUGAAUCAACAAAUUGAUUUGAGACGGUUACCAGGAAACUCGGCAGAUCAGAAGAGAGAACCAUUUGAGUUGAGCUGGUUGUACAAUGCAGACUUUGAAGCAGAUGUCCAAGAGUGGGUUGAUCAACAAGGACGACAUUGA